AUGUUCAGCCUCAAAGCCUGUGACUCCGUUGACUUUCAAGUCUUUGACUUCGACCGUUGUGUCAGGUCUGCAUACCAAAGCGUUUCUUAUCAAUUCGAAGCAAUGAGUAAUGUGAAGGGGAGCAAAAUGAUCAGAUAG